AUGAGCAUCGGCACUCAACCCUUGUGCUACGAGCUCUUGGCAGAAGUAGGACAAGGCUACUAUGGUAAAGUUUACAAAGCCAGAGAGGUGGGAGAGAAACAGCGCCUCCUCGCGGUGAAGAAGUUCACCAUCCACGGAGACACGUCGGAUUCCGGGAUCCCUGCCUUCAUGAUCCGAGAGGUGGCGCUGCUGCGCAAGAUGCAGCACUUUAACCAUCCCAACAUAGUCAAGCUGUUGGAUGCAACUGCUGUACCAGUGGGCGUGAGCCUGGACCUCACACUGGUCCUUGAAUACAUUGACCAGGACCUGUCCACCUACCUCUCAAAAGCUCCUGCUUCUGGACUGAGCCGUGACUGCAUAAAGGAUGUGAUGCAGCAGUUGCUGCAGGGCCUGGACUUCCUACACAUGAACAUGGUGCUGCACCGAGACCUAAAACCAGAAAACGUCCUCAUCAGCAGCCGUGGAGAAGUCAAGAUCGCAGACUUUGGACUGGCACGGAUCCUCACCUUUAAUAUUGCUCUUACCCCAGGUGUGGUGACACUCUGGUAUCGAGCUCCUGAGGUGCUGCUGAACUCUGUUUACAUGUCCUCGGUGGACAUGUGGAGUGCUGGAUGCAUCUUUGCUGAGCUCUUCCUCUUGAGGCCGUUGUUUCGGGGAUACACAGAGGUGCAGCAGCUGCAAAAAAUCUUCCAGGUGAUUGGUUUGCCUGGUGAGGAGGACUGGCCCACGGACAGCCCGAUCUCAUAUUCAGUCAACUGGGGACCUCAAGGCUCUCUGACCAAGCUGCUGCCCAACCUGGGCCCAGAUGAGAAUGACCUCUUGUCUCAAUGUUUGGUAUUCAGACCGAGUCGCCGCAUCUCAGCCGCCAAAGCCCUGGCUCAUCCUUUCUUCAUGAAGCCCUGA